CUCCAUAAAAAUUUAUUGCUACCACAUCAAACAUCACCAUUACUCAAUCAAUACAUUUCAUAAAAUAAGCAUUUCAUGUCUCUACACGGAAGCUCCUCAAAGCUUCCUUGCACUUUUAAGUGCAUUUUAUACUCAACAGAACACAUUUCCUCGUCUUCCACCACUAUGUCUAAGGACGAACAGCCGUACAUCGUAAUGCUCCCUUUCAUGGCGCAGGGACACCUCAUCCCCUUCCUCGCCCUCGCCCGCUUGAUCGAACGCCUCAAACCCUACUGCUCCAUCACCAUCGCCACCACCCCUCUCAACAUCGAAUCCCUCCGCUCCUCCCUCCCUCCCAACUCCUCCAUCCACCUCGCCUCCCUCCCCUUCUCUCCCACCGAGCAUGGUCUUUCUCCCCACACCGAGAACACCUCCUCCAUCUCCCAAACCGACUCCAUCCCCCUCCUCAUGUUCGCAUCCGAAACCCUCGCCCCUGAUUUCGAUCUCCUAAUCUCCAAUCUCACUGCCCUCCACCGCCACCCGCCUCUCCUUAUCAUCGCCGACCUAUUCACCGCCUGGUCCCUACCCAUCGCCCGCAACCGCCGCAUCCCACAUUUCUCCUUCGCCACUAGCGGCUCCGGCACCGCCUCCUUCAUGUCUCUCUGGCUACACCUCCCCCACCGUCUCACCGAUUCCGAUACCUUCCAGAUCCCCGGCUUUCCCGACCGAUUUCGUCUCCACCGAUCCCAGAUGUCGGACUACAUGCUCGCCGCUGAUGGAUCAGAUGACUGGUCCGUCUUCCUCAGACGCCAUAUUCAUUUGUAUUUGACAUCGGACGCUCUGCUCUGCAACACGGUGGAGGAAAUCGAACCCUGCGGGGUCGAUCUACUCAGGCGGAUCGCCGGACUCCGUGUAUUCUCAGUUGGGACAAGCAGAGCAUGCGGGAUUGAGAUCGAUCCUUGUAUCGAAUGGCUUGAAUCUCAUCGGCCGUCUUCGGUGCUUUACAUCUCGUUCGGAUCGCAGAACACGAUCGGAGAGUCGCAGAUGAUGGCGCUUGCGGAAGGGCUGGAGGCGAGCGGGGUGGCGUUCAUCUGGGUUGUCCGGCCGCCGCAUGGAUUCAAUAUGAACGCCGAGUUUGAAGCAGAGAGGUGGCUUCCGGAUGGGUUCGAGGCGAGGAUGGCGGAGAAACGGCGGGGAUUGGUAGCGCGGAGAUGGGCGCCGCAGAUUGAGAUAUUGUCGAAUAAGGCGACGGGGGCAUUUAUGAGCCAUUGCGGGUGGAAUUCGGUGAUGGAGAGUUUGAGCAAAGGGGUUCCGCUGAUCGGAUGGCCGGUGACGUCGGAGCAAUUCUAUAACUCGAUGCUGAUGGAGGAGGAGAUGGGGGUUGCGAUGGAGAUGGCGAGGGGGGUGAUGGGUGAGGUAGAUGCGGGGAUGGUUGAGAGAGUGGUGAGGAUGAUUAUGGAGGGGGAGAAGGGAAAGGAGAUGAGGGAGAGAGCGGCGAGGUGUGCGGAGAUGAUUAGGGUUGCGGUGGAGGAGGAAGGGGAGAAGAAGGGGUCUACGGUAAGGGCGAUUGAUGAGGUUUUUGAGUUAGCCAUCAGAGGAAGCUCCGAUGUUAAAAAGGGCUUUGGAAGAGAUGGAGAAUGAUAGAGAUGUUUUAUCUAUGGUUGCUUCCGUGAGUGACUGUGAUGUUACAUUCCAGUGAAUCUUUUAAUGUAUUUAUAUACAAAUUUUGAGUGCUGAGUAUUUUCCGAGGAAGCUAUG